AAGAGCAGCCAAAUCCUCGCGAUACUAAAUAAAGGCCGACAAAGGCAAAAAGAAAAUCCACACAAGGGUGACAGAGAAAGGAAAUAUCAGAGAGCAAUGGCGGAGCGCCUCUCCGCGGCUUGCCUGGGCGGACGCCUCCUCCCAACCGCCACCACCACCAUCACCAAGAGUUCCAUCGUCCUACCUUCUUCCUGUUCCUCUUCCUCCACUUCUUCGGCCCUUCCUACGCUCAGAGCCUUUCCUCUCUCUAUGCCUGCCUCCAUCUCCCUCUCCUCUGGUUCUUCGCCUUCUUCCUUUCUCUUGUCGCGUGGAAGGAAAAGGGCGCUUUACUUCGCAAAACCCAGCAGCACCGUGUCUGUUAGAUCCGCCGCAUCGGAUCCUGAACAGUUAAGGAAGGCCAGGGAGGACAUCAAGGAACUCUUGAAGACCACGUUCUGCCAUCCAAUUCUGGUACGAUUGGGAUGGCACGAUGCAGGUACCUAUAACAAGAACAUUCAGGAGUGGCCACAAUGUGGUGGCGCUAAUGGAAGUUUGAGAUUUGAGAUAGAGCUGAAGCAUGGAGCCAAUGCAGGCCUGGUUAAUGCAUUGAAGCUGCUUCAACCAAUCAAGGACAAAUAUUCUAGUGUUACAUAUGCGGACUUGUUUCAACUGGCCAGUGCCACAGCAAUUGAGGAGGCUGGAGGUCCCAAAAUCCCAAUGAAGUAUGGGAGAGUAGAUGUUACAGGUCCUGAGCAGUGUCCGGAGGAGGGAAGGCUUCCAGAUGCUGGUCCUCCUUCACCAGCAAACCAUCUACGUGAAGUUUUCUACCGGAUGGGACUCGAUGAUAAGGAAAUCGUGGCACUAUCUGGUGCCCAUACAUUGGGAAGAUCCAGGCCAGAGCGAAGUGGAUGGGGAAAGACAGAAACCAAGUAUACUAAAGAUGGACCUGGGGCACCUGGAGGACAAUCCUGGACUGUGGAAUGGUUGAAGUUUGAUAAUUUUUACUUUAAAGAUAUAAAGGAGAAAAGGGAUGAAGAUUUGCUGGUUUUACCAACAGAUGCUGUUUUGUUUGAGGAACCAGGAUUCAAGGGAUAUGCAGAAAAAUAUGCUGUAGAUCAGGAUGCAUUUUUCGAGGACUAUGCUGAAGCUCAUACAAAACUUAGCAACCUGGGAGCAAAAUUUGAUCCGCCAGAGGGUUUCUCAAUAGAUCAAGAAAGUCCUGUUGCUGAGAAAUUUGUGGCAGAAAAAUAUUCAUCUGGAAAGAGAGAGCUCUCAGAAGCAAUGAAGCAGAAAAUCCGAGCAGAGUACGAAGCAGUUGGUGGCAGCCCAGAUAAACCUCUAAAAUCAAAUUACUUCCUCAACAUUAUGAUCGUGGUUGCUGUUUUGGCAUUUCUGACAUCUUUGCUUGGGAACUAAUCCUUUGCAGCUCCAAGCUACUCUCUUGCAAUCUACAUGUGUUCAUGUUGCUUCCUCCAAUAAAUGGCGCUAUAGAAGUAGCAAUGAAAUAUCCCAGUAAUGACUUUUGGUGAUUUCAAGACCAAGUGCCUUUUUUUUGUUGUGUGUGUGUGUGUAACCUACAAUAUGCACCUCUAUUCUAUUCACAUGGUUGUAUAAUUGAAUAUUUUGUUCAUGAGCUAAAAGUUCACAAUCGGCUUACUGGUUC